AUGAGUCUGAGCGCUUUGAGUGAGGAGCUGGAGAAGCGAACUAGGGAGACAGAAAGGCUUCAAGAAGAAGUUGAAAAUGCCACCAAAUUCGCCAUGGAGAGGAUUUCUCGCUCUUUUUCCGGCACAGGAAAAACAGCAAGCAAAACACUCAUAUUACCAAACAGCCCAUCAGAGGAGCAAAGCGUGUGUCGGACAUCGCUCUCUGUUACCCAGCCUCGGGGGUACGAGCUUGAUAUGGAGAUGGUGAGGGGUACCAACUUCCCAGGAACAGAUGUUCUAGGAAACACCAUCUCUGAAUACUCACAGCAAGUCUCAGAUCUUCAGAAACAGCUCCAGGAGACACGAGAGCUUCACCUGCAGCAGAAGUUUAGUUUCCGGCAGUCCAUUGUCAAACUUCAGUCUGAGCUGCAGGAAACCCAGAUGGAGAGAGAUGCCUUAAUCGAUCUCCGAAUGAACGAUUCUCAGAAACAGUCUGAACAGAUGCAGAAAAUGCAAGAGAAGCUUCUAGAACUUCAGGAGCUGAAGCUGGUCGGAGAUCAAAGACUCGCUGAAACCGAAGAAAGUGGCAAAGCUCUCAGGCUGAGAGCAGAAUCCAUGGAGCAAACCCUAAGAGAUGUGUGUGUCAGACUCUCUGACUAUGAGAAACGCAGAGGAAAGAGUAGCUGUAUUGGCUUUGAGGGCACACCCAGCUCAGAACACAUUCCCUUAGGACAUGCUGUGGGCAAAGUAAUCGAGGAAUUAGACUCAGAGAACUCAAACCUCCAAGAAAGAUUGUUGAAGGUGGAAGGGAAGUUGGAGGCGCUGGAGGUCGAAAGUCGAGACAGAACAGAAUCACUCAUUAAAGAGCAGAGAGAAAGAAUGGAACAGCUCAUUACCAGUCAUGACCAGGAGGUGGCGAUGUUGACUGAGAAACUGAACAGCUCGCAGAGUAACGCAGCCAGCUUGCAGCUGCAGGUGGAGCUAUUGCAAAACCAAGCUGAAAGUCUGGCCUCAGAUCACCAGAGACAGAUGAGUGACGUGGAGUCAACACUGUCCACUCUGCGAUGUGAACUACAGGAAUCGCAAAAGAAUCAUGAAAUCAAGGUUGCCGCUCUUCAGCAAGAGCUGGCCCUGACGCAGUCUCUAGCGGAGGAGGCCCAGAGAGGGAGAGAGCAGUCCAUCCAGCAGGCAGAGGAACUGAGCUCCCAGCUGUGUCAACUCACAGUGGAGCUUCGUCAGGCCCGGGGGGAGGCGGCUCUGGAGAGGGAGGAGAGGCAGCAGCUCCUGGAAAGAGAGAUGAGCCAAAACGCUACCGUGGAGGAGCUCAGACGGGACCUGGGACAGUGCAGCCUGAGAGUUCAGCAGCUGGAGGCUCUGAUUGGCUCCCUCAGAGAAGAGUGUCAAACUCACCUGGACAUGCAGCUUUCGACAGACAGGGAACGGCGAGACUGGCAGGAGGAGAUGGGACAGUUACGUGGGGAACUGGAACUGACUCAGUGUCAGCUACGACAGGCCAGGAAUGAAACUGAUCACCUCAUGGAGGAGAGGGCAGCGGAGGUGAAGCAUUUGCAGACUCGGCUGGAGGAGGCUCAGCGAGUGUUACAGCAGCGUCAGAAGGAGGCGCAGCAGGGCUGGGCCCGGUUGGAAGAGGCUCAGAGCCACACCCGGGGGCUGCGGGCAAGGCUGGAGGACAGAGAAAAGACGGCCGAACUGCUGAGAACUCAGCUCAGCAGCGCCGCCCACACAUCUGUCAAUCACGGCCGCAGCCUGGAGGCCCUGCAGGACGAGAGAAACAGCCUGAUCUCUGAGCUCCAUCAGCUCAGACUCGACAACCAGCAAGUCAAGGUAGCCCUGGAGCAGAGUGAGCUGAGGGUCAGUGCUUUGGAGACAGAGAGAGUCCAGCAGCAGGCUGCCCUGAUGGAGAAGCUCCACGUCGCCAACGAGCUAACGCUGGAGAAACAGCAGAUGGCCGCCGAGCUGGAGGUGCAGCGCAUGCUGAUUGUCCAGCUUAAAGAGGAGCAGGAGGCUUUGAAACAGCAGCACAGAGAAAGAACUGAGGAGCUGGAAGCCAAGAACUCAAAACUGAAGAACCAGCUGUGGAGCACACGUACUGAUCUGGACCAGGCCAAGAGUACUCUGAGAACACUGGAGGGAGCUGACGGACAUGGGCUGAGGGUUGCCAUGGGGAUGCAGAAACAAAUCACAGCUAAGCGAGAACAGAUUGACUUCCUACAGGGUCGCGUCCAAAUGCUGGAGGAGAUGACGGACAAACUCACUCAGGAGAAGCGUCAGCAGGCCGCGGAGAGCGAGCGGCAAGCCGCGGAACUGAGCUCAGAGAAGGAGAAGAGGAGACGUCUGGAGGCCGAAGUCGAGACCCUCCAUCUUUGUGAGAAACAGCUCAGAAACAAGAUAGACAAACUAGAGACAGCGCUACACAAGAUGUCUGACAGUUUUGCGGAGUGCCAAGAUUUCAUUCAGAAGCAGGAGCAGGAGUUUGUGUGCCUGAAGCUCCAGCACGCUCUGGAUGUCAAGGAGCUGCAGGGUCAGACUCUGCGAGCCACAGGUAGUGUUGUGAGAUCUCCAGCCUCCAGUCCCACACAGAUAACACAACUGGCCCUUGCACAACCCAGUGCUCUCGGAUUAAUGGAGUUGAAAUCCGGUGGUGUGAGGUCAAACUCCACCCUGGAGCUGAGAAAUUUGGUCAGGGAGCUUCGCAGUGUGAUGGAUGAGGACUCCAGAGCACCCAGCGGCACACACAGGAGAUCUGACCCAACCCCGCAACUAUAUGAAGUAACCAAAGACAUUGAAAAGGCCAGGAUAGCCAGCAGGAGACGAUAUGGAGACAGACAGCUACCCAAUAGACUCCUGGACUCAAUGGGCUCUAACACAGAUGUCCGUACACUUGCCAGUCAGGAAGUGGAGGUGACUGGAAACACUUGUAAGGAACUGCAGGGAAAGUUAGACAGCCUACAGUGUCUGGUCGAAGACCUUCAGAUGAAAAAUAAGGAGAUGUCUUCAAUCAUGAGGGACCGGGAGAGGAAGAUGAGGAAGGCCAAAGACACAAGAACACAUGUGGUCAGAUGAGCUUGACACUGGGGUGGUGUCUCUCCUGAACCAUAUAAUACUGCUUUUCCAGUAAACAAUUUUUUA